UAAAAAUAUUAAAGAAAAAAACAGUAUUUUCAGUUGUCACUUAAAAAAAUAUAUUUUAUAUUUAUUAUUGAUUAAGAUAUUCUUUGUUCAUUAGUGAUCAAUACAGAAAACAAUGUCGUUUAAGACCACUUCAUCUCUAGCACCACAUUAUCCUAACACAUAUAUGGAACAAUUUUGCAAAUCAUUACACCCCGACUUGGAAUUAGGUACAAUUUGUUUAGCUUGGUUUCGUCAGGCAAUAAAACACUGUACCGAAUUGCUGACCGAAGUAAAACCCUCAACAACAUUUUUCUGGACUACAGUUAAACAAUUUAUAUUUCCCGACAGAACGACAGAGCUUCUGUCACAAAACAUACCUAUCAGAAUACAUCCCAAACGUUUGUCCGUACAAGAUUGUAACUCAUUAUUUCUGGACAUUGUCAGGGAUUAUAUAGAAAGAGCUCCACGCUACGGUGCAGAGACCAAAACAAAUGUUAUGCUGUGGCAAGUUCUAUACUCGCUCAUGGGUAUUAUGACUUUAGGUUCCUUAUUGGUGGGCAUUAUUUUUACUUACUAUAAAUAUGGUCAAUCUAAAACAAAAAUAAAUCUACUGGAAGAUUUGUUUACACCAGAAUCACGUAUGCAGGUUCUAAGUAAACGUAGUCUAAAUUUUGCUAAAUCAGAGUUGAGGAACAUACAUAUUAAACCAGUGCCAAGGGAGGAAGAUAUUGUUACAGCUGAUGGAGAUAAAGUUUUGGCCUUAAAAAUCGGUACAAAAUAUGAAUUUUUUGAAUCACUAGUAACGGGCAGUCUACAUUCAAUAGGGAAAUUACACCGAUUCCACGAGCAAUAUAGCAAAACAAAGACAGAUUUUAAAAUAGAGUCCUUAAAUAAAGCUUUGAAAUUUGUAGAUAAUAAUUGUAAAAAGAUUCAUCUCUUGCUUAUGUUUGAACAAAAUGUGGCUUAUGAAGAGGAGGAGUCAAAAAGAAAAACUAAAAUUAAUAGCCCUAGAGUAAAAAAUACGUCACCACCAGUUACAACUGCAACCUCCAAAGGAAUGUUAAAUACUAGAUUAGAGGGAGGAGGUUUCAGCCAUAAAACUGCAGCUGGCAUUGGCAUCGUUUCCGUUUCUUCCCGAUCUAAUAGCCCUAAACCCUUAAAUUCUCCCAAACAAGGAAACACACCUCGUUCAAGUGCUAUACCCUGUAAACGUGCCAUUUCCACCAGGAAAUCGAAAUAGAAUUGAUCUGGCAACUACUCGAAUACUUUUAAAAUAUAAUCAAUUUUAAUAAAACACAAUUUUAUUGUAAGUUUUUUGCGCAAUUUAUUUAUUGCGUAGUUGCCAUACUUAAUAAAACAAAUUUCUUAUUAAAACUUA